GGAGCCCCUUGAAAUUCCCAAUCAAUCAGUGAUUUUAUUGCAAUUGCUGAAAGACUUGCUUACCACACAAAAAAAAAUAAAUCCCUAGACGAGUUUUAUUAUGUCUGCAGCAGGGCACGCCAUGGACGGGGAGGCUCGCUUCAGAUUGUGUCUCGCAGUAUUUUUCCUCCAGCUUUGUUUCUCAGGUUUCAGUGAAGCCACACGUGUCGCAUACUGCGAUAAGAAAGGCAACUAUGCCGUUAAGGUCAGUGGAGUUGAGAUAUCUCCUGACCCGGUGGCGAGAGGCGAGCCAGCUACCUUUGAGAUCUCGGCCAAAACUGGUCAAGAUAUCUCUGGUGGCAAAGUAGUGAUUGAUGUUUCCUACUUUGGGAUACAUGUCCGCACGGAGACGCAUGAUCUGUGUGAGGAAGCAUCCUGCCCUAUUACAGCUGGACAGUUCUUGCUUUCUCAUACGCAAACUUUACCUGCAUUCACUCCGCCAGGCUCUUACACUCUAAAGAUGAGAAUGGAGGAUGAAAAGAAUGAACAGUUAACUUGCAUUAGCUUCAAUUUUAAGAUUGGUUUUGGAUCAGAGAUCUCUGAUAGUUGAGCUGCCAACAUCCGUAGAUGGAAAAUUUCUUCGUUCUAUGUACAUUGUUAUUGGGAGUGCUUUCUUUCAACUACAAACAGACCUCAUUCCUUUGAGAAGUGUCAUAUAUGUCUUUUUCUUGUAUGAGAUGGUAUAUGCAUGUAUUAGAUAAUUAGAACAUGAUUCUGAAUAUUUUCCUAAAUGCUGUGUGUGACUUUUGGCUCCCAAAGUGGAAUAUUGCAUUAACCUUGUUCCUA